AAUCGAUCGAUACCUUCUAAUUUCGAAAUGGAUUCAUUAGGACGGGUGGUUUUAUAAAAGCAGUAUUUGAUUUGUAUGGCUGUGUUGAUGGGCCCCUAUACUAAAUAUUCUCAGUUCUAAGAAAAAUUGAAUGGACCAAAAACUUAUCGGUUCCAAGUCGAUCCCUUUUUUGUCGCCAAAUGUUACAAGUUCGUUGACACAGCAAAUUUUUCAUGAUAGAUGUCAUAAAGACUGAAGAGUCAAGUAAAUAAAUGUCAGGAACUUCAAUGAUCACUGCUCACUAUUUACUAUUAUUGUAAUUCGUUUUUCUAAUAAACUAUUUACAAUUAUUUUUUAAAUCCUCGCCAGACUUGGUUGUUUUGAAUACUCUUUUAUUGUAUUUUGGAUAAAUCAUGAGAAAGUCAUCACUCGCACAGGAUACAUCAAGUCGUAGAUUGCCCGGUCAAGAAGCUCGUAGAUUAUCUGGGCAAGAAGCCCGUAGACUAUCUGGGCAAGAAGCUCGUAGAUUGUCUGGGCAAGCAGCUCAUAGACUAUCCGGUCAAGAAUCUCGCCGAUUAUCCGGUGAUGAACCUUUGUCAACGAUAGACUUUAGAAGAACUCGAUUACCUUCAAUGAGACCUGAUUUAGACGACUAUGAUCCUCGAGACCAUAGGAAACCUGUCCAUAAAAUAAAGGUUUGGAUGGCUUACUCCAAUUUAUUUCGAGCAACGACUGGCGUAGGCAUGCUGGCGAUGCCGUUUAUUAUAAGUACCACCGGGAUAUUAUUAGGACCCAUCUUGUGUUUACUGACUGGAAUACUGAUGAUUCACGCACAUUCUUUGCUACUAGACACCCUGUAUGAGGUGGCCCGGCAGCUGAAGAUGCCUUACAUAUCGUAUCGGUAUGCAUUCCGUCUAGCCCUGCUGCAUGGGCCGCCUAUAUUUCAUGGCAUAGCAAACUACGGACCGAUCAUCAUAGCAACGUGUUUGUUUGUUAGCCAGCUCGGGAUAUGCAGUGUGAUCGUUAUUUUUACAACAGAUUGUCUGCGAGAUCUUAUGGAUUGGCAGGCCAGUCAGACGGCACUCAUUUCUUUAAUCUUUCCAUAUUUUGUAAUGGAAUUCUUUAUGAGAAAUUUCACUAUCGUCAGCUACGUGGCCGUGAUAGGUACCAUCCUUAAUCUUUUGGGGAUUGCGUUGGUUUUCGAGCAACUUAUUGAAGAUGCACAAGGAGAAACGAUACGAUUCUCUGCGAUGUUAAACUAUGUACUAUUUAGUUUUGGUGUUAUGCAGUUUAAUUUGUGUGCUAUUGGCGUGGUAAUGGCAGUGGAUAAGCAUUUAGAGAACCCAAGAGUCAUGCGAGCUAGAUUCGGCGUCAUCAACGUCGGUAUUAUGAUCCCAACUAUUAUCACAUUGAUAUUUGGAACGGUGGGCUACUGGGGUUUUGGAACUAUGGAAGAAAAUAUACUAAGAUGUUUGCCUUUUCAAGAACGAACAUCUUUGGCUACGGUCUGCAUUUACAUGCUGGCAAUGAUAUUGACAUACCCUCUGCAGUCAGCUCCCGCCAUCCACGCGAUCCUUGAAGUGGUUAAGUACUACGAAAAACCAGGGUGGCCACAGCCAUCCGAAGACACGCUUUUUGCUAUUGAAAAUAUCAGCAAGCCUAUAUUCGUCGUAUUAUCAUGUUAG